AUGUGUGAGGUCCUAAUAUUAAUGCUCAACUCGUUCUAUAGAGUCUACUAUCAGCUAUUCGAUUUAUGUGAGCACACACUUAUUUCGGUGCUCAUUUUGCUUGUGGUGCUCAUUUGUUUUAUUCCAGUGUUCUUUAAAACGGAAGAGCAACGCCCACUGUUUACCAUCUUUGUACUCGUCUGCGGCGUGGUCGGCGGCCUCAUCGUCGUCAUCUCCGUUGUGUAUCUCUAUAGAUAUUGUCUAAAGAGACGGAAUCCGGUCACUACUACGGUAAAUCCGGAUUUCAAGCGAGAACACAUUCGGAGUGUCGUCGUUGGACUGAGCCGACCACUGCCUUUACCGCAAGAAUUUCUGAACUCCACACCAAAACAUACGUCUACAACAACUCUUGGAUUUGAUGAUGAACACGAUAUUGAUAAGAAUUUAUCAGUUGUCCCAUUGAUUGUAACAAACGAUUCGAAUUAUGCACUGAGGUUGUCACAGAAUACUUAUAAUACGCUGCUCUCCGUCUCCCCUGCUCCAACGCGAGCUCAUUCCGCGGAGCUCCACGUCCCCGAGGUAUCCGACGAGGUUCGGCGGAGCUCUUUCGAGGUGCAACGUGGCACCGGGCGCCAGCUACCGAGUACCGAAGGACUGGAGCAACAUCACCAAUUCGAGCAUGACCGUCAACGUCGUAUGAGCCAUUUUGCACGCAGUAAUGCCGUACACUAUGCUGCAGCGCCGCCACCGAGGAAACAGGUCUCCUCCCCACUGCCUGAUUUUCCCCGCCGAAUCUAUGAGCGAGGCCACGCCCACUCUCGCUCCUGGAAUCCCGGAGCACAACCCUCCCCACCGCCACUUAUCGAUCCAAAUCCCUACCGACAAUUCUACGAGCCCCUAAUUCAAACUCGGAGCACUGUUCAAGAUGUGAUAAUCGAUGAUCCAUAUGUGCUCCAGGUUUCGAGCUCCCGACGGCUCGAGGUUCCAACUAUUCAGGAGCCCCCAGCACCACCGGCAAUGCCGUCUGAACGGAGGAGAAGCCACGUGGUUCAGCGGCAGGCCAAGUCAUUCGAGACGACAAGCCAAAUGGAUCGACGUCCACAACCGCUGAGCCAUCGAGCAUAUACCCUGGCUUCAUCACAUGAAGCUGAACGGGAAGAAGUCUCGGCGGCCUGUCAAUCUCUUUGGGCGGCUAAGGGACAUUUGGAGCAACUCGAUGCUCUUGGAAUAUCCGAGCCAUCGUCUGUGUCGACGUCUUUCGAAUCGAAUACUGAUAGCCAGGUGACUGCGGAUACUGUAGAACGGCAAGCGAAUCAGGCCGCCAAAGCGAAGAGAUCCGUUUUUAAAGCUGUCAUUUCCCGCCACCGUAUUCUGCCAGUGGCGCCCGAUGAAUACCCAAUUCUACAACAGGUUUACGCAUGGGAAUGCAGACGAUCCCAGUUUAAAAACUUUAAGACUGGACACGUGGAAUCUGACGUGUACGGUAGCUUGCCGCAGCUUAAAAAACGGCGGUUGUUGGAAGCCCGGGCUCGGAGCACCGAUAGUCGAAAAAACUCCGCUCUAAUUUGGGCGAAACAGAGAAAAAAGCACAACUUAAACAUAUUGCUCCAACGUCAAUUCUUAUCGACGGCAGCCGUGUCUAGUAUGGAAUCGAACAACUCGACCGAUGACAGUGAUCAAAGAUUCUCCAACAGUUUCGAUAGCACGAGGAGUGAAUUGGAAAGACGCCGCCUCUCCCUGAUGAACCAAGCCGAUGCAAAUUCGUCGGACGAAGCUACUCGAAGUGUGCCGAGAAUUAGUAAUAGGGAUUAUAGUGUCGACAUGCGAAGUGACUCGUUGUUUCGGGAAUGGAGCCGAGUGGAUCCAGCCUAUGAUCCGUUGGAUCGGAGGCUUCAGCGCGGGCAUACGGUAGAUCACGCUGCACUUGGUCAUCCACGUCACUUCCAACGUCAAUACUCACUUGUCACGUCAUCACCGAUCGCCGCUCAAACUCCUCCACGCAGACAACAGACGAUGGUCUCGUAUCGAAAUUGA